AUGCACAAUUCUUCUCUCACGCAUCUCACUCAGACUCCCAUGAACACAAGCGGAACAGAGAUUGAACGCACUCCCAGUGGAAAUGAGCUUCCCGAUGGCUCCUCUACUGAGUUCCUGUACGGCUCGAUGAACCCAACGCAGGAGUUGGGAGCUCAAAUCGAGGAGACACCCGCAGAGCCGGCCUGCAGUGAUCCCACUGUGUGGUACCCGCACUACGUAGCUUGCUUACAGCACUUUUUGAACCAUGCUCAGCAUUCGCUUCCUGUGCAAUCGAUGGCUGCUUUUGUCAAUAUCCGUCUUCCCUGCCAGUGGUUGUCUGGUCCCAUUUCCCAGUUUGAACAAUCAGACAACUUCCCUGUGACUGUUGUUUCUGUUUCGUUGAGGCCAUACAUUCAGCGACUAAUCGUUACUGGGAAUGACACGUCAUCAGUUCUGCGGGAUUUUUUUGGCAAUAACUGGAAGGCAGGUGUGGAAGGUCUUUGGAAACAAGAACGCUUGAAUUACUUGUUCACAGCCAAAAGUCGUGGCUGGGCGGCGACCAGAGAUGCCUACAAUAUUCUCCCCGAUGAGCAGAUCCCAGUUUUACAGCCUCUUCGCAACCCUAUGGAGGAGGAGCUGCGCACAGCUGAUGUGCGAUGGAGUGAAUGGCUAGCGAUGGAGGACUGGAUGGUGGGACCGCGUAGUCCAUGGUAA